UUCACUGAGGCAUUCCUGACCACUAGAACUGUGCCUGGCAUAGAGUAGGCACUUUAUAAACUCCUGCUGCAUGAACAAAAGAACAAGUGUGGAUGCUUCAAAGGAAGACUUGCACCCAGCUGACCCUCAGAGUGAAGGGGUCCCACCUAAUAGGAAGAACACCAAGACUUCCCCAAGAGGAGAAGGGCCAUGUGUCUGAACCCUGUGUGAGAUGCUUUGUAUACUAGCCCUUGUUGGGGUGUUGCACCCAUUUUAAUCAAACAACCAAGGUUCUCAGAAAUUAAAGACUCAUUUAAGAUGCCAAAGUUCACAAGUGGAUGGUUUGAUGCUGAAGCCAACAUUUUUAACACCACCUCAGCUCAAAAGGCCUGAAGGCCACUUAAUUCUAUCAACCUUCAACCAUCUUGUCCAUGGACACAUCCUUGACCCAAAGCAGAUAUUCUGUGUAGCUCAUGUGCGUACAGAUUACAAACUCAACUGAAGAAGCAUAGAGAGGCACUGGAAGAGGCAUCUUAUGAGAGUCAGCCAGGACUGGUAA